AGUCGUUAAAAAAGAAUAGAACAAGUUUUAUCCGACGUGGAAAUAUUUAAUACACAGUAUCGGGACGCCGCCCGCAUGAAACUGUAAAAUCAAAUAAUGGCGACGCCUAUGCCAAGCAGUGACGUCUUCAACGUCGUCAGGUGAACGUGAAAAAAUUUAUGUUAGUGUCUUUUCUCGUGCACUCCCAUUUCUUCAUGUACUGAUUCGUCAGCGUUUUUCCUGCGUGCAUUGCGAAUUCUACACGCGUCCGGCUUACCUUGGGCGACUUGGAGCUCCUAGAGAAGAUGGACAACAAAAAGCCAGAGACCUCGAAGUCGGGUCCAUCCGGACGUAAUUCUACGGGACAUUUAAAAAAGAGUAAGAGACGUAAUGCUAAGAAGAGCAGCUCUCUUGGACAUCGGUCCGAUGAAAGACAAACUGAACAAAACGGUGCAGAGGGUCCAAGUAUGGAGUACGCCAAUGUAUUUUGGCAACAGCCAGGAAUGCAGCAACACAUACCUCUUCACAAUGGCCAACGUCUUUUUACUGCCAUGUCUGAUCCAAGUGUUUGUGGAUAUUCGCCGAUGCCUGUUACAUAUGCUAUGGAGCCUGUGUCUCUGCCACCCAUGUAUCGGUUAUACCAACCAGUACCUAGACCUGGAUAUAGAACUCUUCGAGGUAGACCAAGGAGGAACUAUCCUCAAACUCAUCCAAUUGGAUCACAAACUAAUGCCAAUAUGAUUUCGAAUGGCUACUCCAGUCUGCAGGAGAAUAGAUUGAAUUAUUCAGCUCCUGCAGCUUAUCAGAAUGGAGACUAUGCCAGUUUGCCACCUAGUGCUAAUAAUGACAAUGGAACUGCAGGAGAUGAACUUAAUUCUGAACAUAGAAGAUACUCGGAUCCUGGUCUAGGUCCUGCAGAAUUACCAGCACAUUGCCAAAGUGAAGAUUCAGAAAGUAUAGACAGUGGAAGCUCAAUAACAACUGUAGGAAAAAACAGCAAGCUGGUUUUAUCGUUGAUAGAACAGAUGACAGCUUUAAAAGAGAAUAACAGUCAAUUAUUCAAAGAGCUGCAAGAGACAAAGUCCGACUUAGAAGAUGUCAAGGCAGAAUUAGCACGAUAUAAACAUGCUACCUCCUUGGAUUAUCAACCCGGAAUGUUAUCAGAUAUUGUACGGGAGAUAAGGGAGGCGAAUAAGGUACGGGAAGAGACACUAAUCAGAAAAGUAAAGUCAAUGAUGGAGGACAAGCCCGUGGCGCCAAGAUCGAUGGAAUUCGACGAACUAAAAAAUCAAUUAGGAAAAAUCGAAGAGGAGAGCAACAAGAGACUUGUGAAACUCGAGGAUGAAAUAACGAGUCUGAAAAUAAAUGCAAACAACGAGAGUCGCGAGAUCGCCGUCUUCGAGGAGGAAAAUCUGGCGCUGCGCCGGGAGCUCCAGGAGGCCCGCGCUUCGAGGACCCUCGCCGAGAAUCAGGCAGCAAAGCUAGAGAUGCUGGUGGGAGUCCAGGAGAGAGAGAUCUACGGUGCUGAUGGCGACCAAUCCAGUCCGGAUGUCCCUGCGACUGCGACCAGCAGGAUGGUCCAUGAGGAAGAUAUGGGAUCAAUCAGUUUGGACAACAAUGAGAUCUACUCUGCGUGCGCAUCAUCCACCAACGAUUAUGGCCAAUCUUCGUCCGGCACUUCUGUUAACAAUAGUAACGCCAGUCUCUCUGGUCCCGUUACUGACUUAUAGAACUUUGAGGGAAAAUUAAUUUUUUAAAUUAUUAAUUAUAUAUACACAUAUAGUCCGUAUAUGUCUUUAGGAUCUUUUCACGAGUAAAGCAAUAACGAGAUAACUGCCUUAGAGUUUAAUACUGGCCAAUGGGAUUGUCCUUAGGGAUAUAUUUGAAAUUUGUAAAUUUAUGUAUUUAAUAUUCGUAUGCAUGGAUUUUUUAUGCUCUUCCUCUGGAACUUGGAACUUUAUCAAAAAUUAUUUCUCUACGUUCGUCGUAUAGUUGAAAUUUAGUCUUUCUUUUUUUUUAUACGAGUUGCUUAUAGGGCCAUUUUAUUUAUGCGAAUUAGUCUCUUGUUUCUAUAGUGCCUUCUUCAUAAUACCAUUACCACUAUCAUUGUUCAUUAGCCGAUCGCUUGCUAUAUGUAUACGUUAUUUAUUUAUACAAAAAUGAGAAACCCAUACGUAUUCUUGCCCACGAUGAGAACUUAACGACUUAGCAUUUAUAUUCACUAAGUACUUUAUUAAGAAUAUUAUGACGUAAGGACCUUUUAUACAUAUUUCUCUAUAUAUCUGACAGAAAGAAAAGGAUCGUAUGUAGAAUAACACUGUACGUGUCACUGAGACGUCACGACUGAAAAUGACUAACGGGAAAUCUGUAAGGAUUUCGGUAUUCUGAUCAGGAUUUAAAAUUUUUCGAAAAAAUUCGAUUUCCUGAAUUGGCCAAGAGCCUGAUAAAUCUUCGUGCUCGAAAUGCACGAGAUCAAAUUACGAGCUUCAUUUUUGUCUUAUAGUUUUAACUUUUUCUAGCUUUAUGAAAAUUUUCAUUUUUCACAUUUGCGUGCACAUCGUUUCUUUGUGUCACAACUUUUCUCCGUCCGACGUGUCUGACGCUCACUUAAUAUUAUUGAAGAAAAAAAUAUAUUACGUCCAUCGUGUACUUAAUCAACGAUAUGAAAGAAGUAUCAGAGAGAGCAGUGUGAAAUGUUAAGAAAAAAAAAAAAGAAAAAAAUUAACGAAAAUUCCAGAAAAAAAAAUUCAUAAGCACUGACCAAAACACCACAAAUUAUUGCCUUAAACUCGAUUUCCGUCUAUAUACCCACAAUAUGUAAUACAUAUAGGCAGAUAUUCGGAUAGGUUAUAAAGACACAACAACGACACACAGCUCAGUGACUUUAAACUGGAACUUUCCGGAAUCUCAAAGUGCCAUUGAUGUUAAAAAAGAAAGAAAGAAUGAUUUUUAUGGAAAAUUUUUAAUAUUGCGCAACUUAAAAUUUUUCAAUGAAACGAAAAUCAGAAUAUCCUGAAUCAAAAUGGGUAAUAAUAUUUACCUUUAUUACUAUUGUUAUUAUUAUUACUUAAGGUAGGAAGCGUAAAUCGAGCAUAACAGAAUGGCAAGUAAUCCCGAGCUCGAAUUUUGAGAAUAACUUUACCGAAAAAUAAAUACAUAAGCACUCAGUGGAAAGUACGUUGAAGUAUUACAGGAAUGUACUUAAGUCUUAAGAAAUUUUGAAAAAUUGUACAUAAGUAUUGUUUAAGUUAAUUCGUUGGAGUAUUCGUGAAAUAAAAAGUGUACGAUUUGAGAAUCAA